CGACGAUGGCGUUCGAGAUCCAUGGACCCACCGACAGCGUGACGGCCGUCUGCCUCGGCGCCGGGCGCUUCCUCCGCUCGUUGCUUGUGCCCGCCCUGCGCCAGCUCGGCCAUGGCGUCGUCGUCGCCCAGCCGCGAGGACACGACUUUGUCGACGCCUGCCUGGCAGCUGGCAGCACGUACGAGAUGGACGUCAUCGAGCGCGACGGCCAUACAACAACCCACACGGUCGAGCUCGCCGGCGUCGGGACCGUGGGCACGCCGGACGGCCGCGCAGCCUUUCUCGAGCUUCCAUACAAGCUACCGUAUCUGCGCUACAUCGGCGUCGGCGUCACGGAAGCUGGGAUCCAAGCCGGCAGUCCAGCCAUGGCGGAUCUCGCCUCGUUCUUGGCCACUUGCAGUGUCGCCUUGCCCCAUGCUACGCUCUCGGUGAUCAAUACGGACAACCUCCCGGCCAACGGCGACACGAUCCAAGCGCUCGUCCUCGGGCUCUGCACGCUGGACGUCGCCGCGUACAUUGGUGCCCACGUGACCUUUCACAAUUCGAUGGUCGACCGCAUCACGGCCGGUCGGCCCAGCAACAGUCUCGUGCCCUACUCCGAGCCGCUACCUCCAAAGGCGCUCGUCCUGGAAGACACGACGUUGUCUCUGGACGCGUCGUGGGCCGCGCUGCCGGGUGUUGUCGUCCUGCGCACCCCCGGCGAGUUGAGCGCGUACCACAAACUCAAACUCAAUAUUGCCAACGCGACGCACACGGCAAUGGUCUACUGCCUCGCGCUCUCUCGUGUCGCCAACACGACGUCGACAACCGAAGCACUCUACACGUUCCUGGACGAGCUCUUUCGGCGUGAUAUUGCGCCGGCACUGGUUCGCCACGACCAGAUUCCUGCCGCGCUGGUGCAGAGCGUGUACGACGAGUGGAUCCAUCGAUUGCGCCACCCGUACUUUGGCAUGGACACGUUUUUCGUGAGCCAGAACGCAUUUACAAAGUUCGAGAUCCGACUCUGGCCGUCCGUGCUUUCCAAUCUGGCGGAAGACGCAGCGUACCAGCCUAGUGCCAUGAUGGCUCUGGCCACGGCCUUUCUCUUGCGGUUCCUGACCCCCGCGCCAACUUCUGUUGUGAAUGCCACCGGCCCAGUGUUUACCGGCUUUAUGGACCCGAUGACACCAUCCACGACUCAAGGUCGGCGCUGGCACUACGUGGGCGACCUGUUCGCCGAUACGAGUGGCGUCGGCAUCUACACGUUUCGCGAUGGAAACGGGUCUGUGCCGUCGCGCUUGCACAACGCCAGCUCGACGUCGAUCGCGGUCUUGGCGGUGCUCGAGACGCUCCCCGGCUGCGACUGGACGCGCCCGACAAUGCUGCACUUUGCCGCAGACGUGGCCGCCUUGUACCACCGUCUCUUGACAACGCCGGCGCUGACUGUUCUAAAAGACGUUUUGAGCCACUUUACAGCGCCGCCGACGAGCGCGCUCACGUCUCCCGACGCAGUGGCCGCCAGCGUCCAGGCGCACGUCGCCAACACGCCUGUGAUUGACGUGCACACCCACUUGUUUCCGCCGUCCCACGACGCACUCAUGCUCUGGGGCAUCGACGCGCUCUUGACGUACCACUACCUCGUGGCCGAGUACCUCAGCACUGCGCCCAUGUCCCCCGACGCUUUCCACGCGCUCGCGAUGACAGCGCAAGCCGACGCGGUGUGGCAACAUCUGUUUAUCGACCGGUCGCCGCUCUCCGAGGCGUGCCAAGGCGUGAUCACGACGCUCUUUGAGCUCGGUCUCGCGUCGUUGGUGGCGCAGCGAGACCUGCGUGGCAUCCGCGCGUGGUUCCAUGCGCAGUCGCCUAGUGCGUACGUGGACCGGGUGUUCCGCCUCGCCAAGGUCCGCUAUGUGGUCAUGACCAACAUCCCGUUCGACAAGCUGGAGACGCAGUACUGGACGCCAACGCCAGCGAGCUGCAAUCGCGCCCAGUUCAAGACAGCACUGCGCAUCGACCAACUCCUUCUCGGGCUCUGGUCGUCGAUCGGACCUGCCCUCGAUGCACUGCACCUCCCGCAUACGCUGGAUGGCGUCGAGAAGUUUCUGUUGCACUGGAUCGACAUGCUCCAACCCGAGUACUUUAUGGCCAGCGUGCCCCACACGUUUGUCUACGACGAUGACGCACCGCGUGACGCGCCGCGCGAUCUCGAGUCGCCCAGUGGCGCACUACUGCUGUCGUGUGUGGUCUUGCCACUGGCCGCGCGGCUGUCGCUGCCGAUUGCCCUCAAGUUUGGUGCCGUCCGCGGCCUCAACCCUCGACUGUGCUUGGCCGGCGACGGUGUCGCGGUCGUCGACGUGUCGUUGCUGACGCGCCUCGCACGCGCGAAUCCCCGCGUCAAAUUCCUCGCGACGUUCCUCUCGCGCGUCAACCAGCACGAGGUGACGGUGGUCGCCAACAAGUUUGGCAACGUCCAUCUGUACGGCUGCUGGUGGUACUGCAACAACCCGUCCAUCAUAUCAGAGCUCACGCGCAUGCGGCUCGAGAUCCUCGGGACGGGCUUCACAGCGCAGCACUCGGACGCGCGCGUGCUCGACCAGCUCAUCUACAAGUGGAAGCAUUUUCGGUCCAUCUUGGAAGCGACGUUGACGCCGUUAUAUACGCAGCUGCUCUCGCACGGGUGGGUCGUCACGGACGACGACAUUGGCCGUGAUGUCACGCGUCUGCUUGGCAGCAGCUACGAAGCGUUCCUUGCCAAGCGACUGGAGGGAUAAGCGUCAUAGCGCACACAAUAUCGUCCACAAGCAUAUAUAAAAACGGAGUAAAAGCUACAAACGUCUCUAAGACGGCGGUGACGUCA